UUCAGAUAAAUACUGUGCAGCGCCUUCUUCCAUUCAGCAAUCAUGAGGUUUCUGUUCUUUGCGCUGCUCUUGAGAGCUGCUUUUGCCGCAGAAGAUGACAAAAUUGUUGGAGGCAAUGAGUGCACACCUCAUUCUCAGCCCCAUCAGGUGUCUCUGAACUCUGGCUACCACUUCUGUGGUGGCUCCCUUGUCAACGAAUACUGGGUUGUGUCUGCUGCUCACUGCUACAAAUCCAAAAUGGACAUUGUACUUGGUGAUCACAACCGUUGGUUUAUGGAUGGCAAUGAACAGAUCAUUCCCACUGCCCAGGUGAUCCCUCAUCCCAACUAUGAGUCCUGGCUGGUUAAUAACGACAUCAUGCUGAUCAAGCUGAGCCAACCAGCUACUAUCAACAAGUAUGUGCAGCCUUUGGCUUUGCCCACCAGCUGUGCCACUGCAGGCACCAUGUGCACAGUCUCUGGAUGGGGUGUGACCAUGGACUCCUCUGCCGACAGUAAUAGAUUGCAGUGCUUGAACAUCCCCAUCCUGUCUGAUGAGGACUGUGACAACUCCUAUCCUGGCAUGAUCACUGAGGCCAUGUUCUGUGCCGGAUACCUGGAGGGAGGGAAGGACUCUUGCCAGGUUUGCAUGUCUGCUUUUGAAGCAAAAACAAAGCAUUAAAGCACUGAUGCCUUGUGUUUUACCUUCAACACUAAUAUUUGCAAAUUUUUUUUGGCUUUGGCCCCUCCCUUUUCAAAGGACAGCUCCGUCAAUAACUGUAUAAAAUACUUGGUAUGUUAUGUCAACUUUUCCA